UUGAUGUUGUUGUUGUUGAUGAUGUUGUUGUUGAUGUUUAGGUUCAAGGUGAGUGCCUCUCCGCUGGCUAAGCAGCUACCAGCUCUGCUGUUGUUCUGUGACGGAGUCGAGGCGAUGAGGCGGCCGCUGACAGAUAGCAGGGGAAGAGCUGUCACGUGGACAUUUAGUCAGGAGAACGUCAUCCGUGAGUUCAACCUGAACGAGAUUUACGCAGAAGGUAGCAGCAGGAAGAAGAGGAAGGAGGUGAAGGAGGUGAAGAAGGAGGAGGUGAAGGAGGUGGUGAAGGAGGAGGUGAAGGAGGUGGUGAAGGAGGAGGUGAAGGAGGAGGAGGGGAGCGUUGCGGAGACCAAGAAAAAUAAAUGAGUCAACUUUUUUUUUGGUUGCAUGCAACCCCGGAUUGCACGCAAUCCAGAUUGCACGCAACCCGGAUUGCACGCAACCCGGAUUGCACGCAACCCGGAUUGCACGCAACCCGGAUUGCACGCAAUCCAGAUUGCACGCAAUCCAGAUUGCGUGCAAUCCAGAUUGCACGCAAUCCGGGUUGCAUGCGACCGAGGUAGGCUGCAACUCAUUCAAUUGCAUGCAACUCGCAGCGAGGGAGAAAGUUGCCCGCAACUGCUUAGGCAACCAGUUGCACUCCAGAUGGGAGUGCACGCACACACACUCCAACUACACGCGUGUGUGUUAGUGUGUGUGUUAGUAAGUGUGUUAGUGUGUGUUAGUGUGUGUGUGUUAGUGUGUGAGUGUGUUAGUGUGUGUGUGU